UCUUCAGGUCUUCCCGUGGAAACUGAGAAUAUGGAGAGCAGGGGAAUUUCGUCUUCAACGAUUGAUGGUCCGACUAAUGAAUACGAAGAUCUGUUGCCGGUGAUGGCAGAGAAGCUGGAUGUGGAAAGUUUUGUGUCGGAGCUUUGUGGUGGAUUCCAAUUGUUGGCAGAACCUGGAAGAGGGUUGAUAACGCCGGAGAGCUUGAGGAGGAAUUCGGCCCUUCUGGGUAUGGAAGGGAUGAGCAAAGAGGAUUCGGAAGCGAUGGUGAGGGAAGGAGAUCUAGACGGCGAUGGAGCUCUCAACGAGACGGAGUUCUGCAUCUUGAUGGUCAGACUCAGUCCCGGGAUGAUGGAAGACGCCGAGGCUUGGCUUGAGAAGGCCCUCCAUCGGGAGCUGCAACGAUCUGCUUAGUUAGUUUCAAUCUCAAUUUAAAAUUUUUUUUUCUCUCUUUUUCCCAAACUUUUAAUCAUCAUCAUUGUACGUGUUCUUGAACUUCUUCCUCAGGAAA